CAAAGUUUUUUAAAACAAAAUAAAUUUAAAAAUUGAUUACAUACAAUUUUUUUAAAUAAUGUUUUACAUAAUAUUAAAUCAUAAUUUUCCUGAAAACCCAAUUAUUGUUCAAUAAUUGCUGUAAAAUUUUUCAAUGCAAAAAUAACUAUAUCAAAUAAAAAUAGUGUGUGAUAAUAUGGAAAUUUUUUUUAAAAUUAUCAAACAUUGUUAAUAUAUAAAUUUGGAAAUAUGCCACUAUGAUCCCUUGGGUACGUAAGUGGGUCAACUCACGUAAACAACGAAAUGAUAAUAAUAAUACCUCAUCUUUGCCAAGUGCUCCAUCUCCAAGUGUAGCUGGAUCGUCCUCAAAUAAUUAUAGCCACCAACAAGAACAAACGCAUCAACAACAACAAUCACAAAAGUUAACAGCAAGUUCAUCAUCUCCGAAUCAUAUUAGUCGUAGAGAAGAACGUCAAAAAUACUCAAAAUUAAAAAAUCCGUCUAAUAUUAAUCAAAGGCGAUCAAAAGAUUUAGACCUUAAAGAAAAAAUUCGUAUACGCGUAUUGAUACAAAAUGGUCGUUCAAUUUUUAUUGAUGCAUUCACAAGUAAAAAAUUAUUAGAACUAAAAAAUGAAAUCUUAAUUGAAUUGUCAUCAGAUUCUUGUGCUUUACCGUUAUAUGCUACAGACAUAAAACAACUUACUAGCAGAUAUCGCCUUACAAGACCAGAUUCUGCGGGAAUUCAUCAGACAGAUAUGCAGGAAGAUAAGACUUUAGCACAAUUAGGAAUACAAAAUAACGAAACUUUAGUAUUAUCUGUAAAACGCACAAAUAUUCAAAGAUCUGUUGACCAAUAUCAAGCUCCAAGAGUUGAAGAAAUUGAACAAGCAACACGAAAUAUACCCCAUCCAACAAGGGAAUUUCGUAGGGUGGAUAUUAAUGAAUUAGUUGCGCAAUCAGACAUACAGUUUGAUGUUCGCAAGGUAUUAAUUAGUUUGGCACAAGAAUCUGCUUACAUAAUUGGUGCGGGUCCUUAUGCUCCAAGAUUAAUUUCAAUGUUGAAACAAAAAUUGAUCAAUAAAAGAAGACACCAGUCGGAUACACUACAGUGCCUUGUUGAUAUGGGGUUUUCAAAAGAAAAAGCUAUUUAUGCAUUAAAACUGCACAAUGGGGUAUACUCAUCUGCUUUAGAAUGGUUGAUUCAACAUCAGAGCGAACAGGAAUUAACAUCGAUAGAAGAUAGUAUUACACAUCUUUCGGCAUCAUCUAAUACACAAAUAAUACCAUCGAAACUUUCUCAAACUAAUAGUAUUGUAGAUAAUAUUGAAGCUUUACUCGAAAUUGUUAGGAUAUAUAGUUAUCGUGAUGUACCACCACAACCGCAUGUUGUUUCAUCGCUAAUUGAAAUGGGAUUUUCUGAAGCAGAUGUUCGAGAAGCAUUACGUAAAACGCAUAAUAAUCAGGCUGCUGCAUGUGAAUGGCUAUGUGGUAAUCGAAAUGCUAGUUUAUUAGAAUUACGUGAAGGUUUAUCACAUGAAUCACCCAUUUUAAAAGCAAUGAUGCAAUCACCUCAAGUUCAGAUUAGUUUAAGUAAUCCAAAGAUAUUUAUAGCUUAUUUAUCAAUGCUAGAAAAUCAAAAUGCAUUAUCAAUGUGGUUAGGUGAUAGUGACACAUCAACAAUUAUAUCACAUAUCUUAAGAAAAUAUCACGAAGAAAAACACAUUUUAGGUAUUAAUCAAUUUAAUUUACCUGAUGUUCGAUAAUAUUUGCUUGUAGUGCAAACAUUUUAUGCAAAAGUAUAUUUGUAAUUUUUUUUUUUUUUGUUAUUUUUUAAAAUUAUAUUCAAAAUAUAUUAUAUUUCAUAUAAUAUCAUGCAAACAAAAAAAAUAAAUAUUAUUUAAAUGUAAAUAAAAUAUUAAUAUU